ACCAAAAAGGAGAAAAGUAUUCCUCGUUGAUUAACCAAAAAAAAAAAAGAAAAAACGAUUCUGCCUCCCUCGAUCUUCCUUCAUCUGCUCUCAAGUUAAAUCGAUUUUGUUUCUUGUAUCAGCGAUCAUCUGAUUCUGCGAUAUUUCUGUAAUAAUCUUCGAAAUCGGGUGAUCGAGGAACCAACCAUGUUCAAUUUCUGGGGAUCAAAGGAGCAACUUGGGGAGUCUCGUCCUUCUUCUUCAGAACCAUCUCCACAACCGUGGUAUUCUCCGUCUCUGGUCACCUCUCCUAGCUUAUCUCGGCCUCAGUCAUCAUCAGGAGCGCACAUCCCAUCCCAUGUUUCACCUACUGAAGCUGCCUCCAUUAUCUCACUUUUGAAAGACAAAAGUGUGGAUGAGCUCAGUAAGCUUCUGACUGACAAGGAUGCGUACCAACACUUCUUGAACUCCCUUGAGCAGGUCACUAUUCAAAACAACAUCAGAGAAGAGCUUCGCAAAGAAACAUUACAUCUUGCUAGAGAAAACUUGGAGAAAGAACCACAGAUGGUGGAGCUCAGAAACCAAUGCAGAAUAAUCCGUACGAGUGAGCUUGCAACUGCUCAAGAGAAGCUCAAUGAGCUCGAGAAUCAAAGAGACGAGAUCCUCAAAUUCUACUCUCCUGCUUCUCUUCUUCAUAGACUUCAAGAUGCUAUGAAGAAGGGAGAUGAAGAAUCAGAGGAGCUGCAACAGAAGUAUAUGGAGAAGGAGAUUGAUACAGCUGCGUUUGUGCAGAAGUAUAAGAAGCUAAGAGGCCAGUACCAUCGUCGCGCUUUAAUCCAUCUCUCUGCUAAAACUUCAUUCACCGGUUGAAAGCUCCUUGGUUGUUUCCUUAAGCCGUUGUGUAAGUAUAAAAUACAGUUCAGUAACUGAGAUAUAUCUGAAAACAAUAUUAUUGGAUUGCAGAAUCAUUCUGUUAUAUGAUAUCUGAAGCUGAACCGUGUAAUGUUUGAAUCUUUUUUUGUUAUAUUACAUGGUGGAGACUGUGUGUUGUGAAA